UGGUCUUUAUUCGAUGUCGUGUAGAAUCAAGUACUGGGCGAUGACUCAGUGGUCUUUAUUCGAUGUCUCAGUGGUCUUUAUUCUCUAGAAACGAAAUCUCUUUGCUAUGGAAAAUUAGGUUAAAUGUUUGUUUUGUAAGUAUUUAAUUGUCUUAUUGGAUUAUUUUGCUGAUAGACUUUGAAACAAAAAUAGUUUUGUGAAGUGUCUUUUGUCACAAUUUUAAAAGCUAAAUAUGGGCGAGUUAAUGAUCCAGAAUCCAAUUCUCAUGAUAUAAAUGUAUCUACUCUGUUGUUGAGAUAUAAUUCAAAUCUGAAUAUACUCAUCCUGAUUAUGAGUUGGACUUUAAUUCAAUGAAACAACAAAUACGUUUUAUUAGUGCCGUGCUUUAUAUGUUAGCAGGCAUUGGCUACAGUUCCCAUGGAACUUAUGAAAUUGUAAGCGUCCCUUAAUUUUCAGCUUUUGUGAGCAGGUGUUAAGGUUACUUUUCUUUUUGGCUUUUGGCUUAAAAUAAAUGAAAAUCUAGAAUUUCGGACUUAAAAAAGAAUGGAAUCUCAACUAAAUAGAUAAUCCAGUUUAGUGGAUGUAAAAAGAAUCUCAUUCAAAUAAAUUAUUUCCAAAAUAAUUAUAUAUAAUUUUUAUUUAAUCUAAUUUUUAUUUGUAGAUCUCAAACCGGCCAAAUUGGAUUACUGAUUACAAUGAAACCCAAAAUCUUUUAAAAUCAAAGUUUUGAUCGUCUUCAAACCAUCUACUUUUCGCUGGAAUUCUGCUAACUGUCUUCAACAAUUGGUGUCUCAAACUUUUCCGACAAAUUGUAAACCAUUCCGAUGACAACUACACGAAGGCGUUGGGGAGUGUGGCUCAUAGAAGCCUUUGUAGCCUUCUUCGGAGCUAUGGAUCUUUCCAGGACAAGCUUUCCACUUGCCAUUCAUGAUACACUGUGCAUUCCUCUAUUCCAAUUUACACUUGGAGCUGUUAGUUAUGACAUUUACGGCUUCUGCCAGAAAAUAGAUUUGAAAAUCUACUUGAUCUCGCUGUCUUUAGUAAAAUCUUGAUCUCGCUGUCUCUUAGUAAAAUCUUGAAAAGGAGAACUCUAUUCUACAUCUUAUUUUCAAAACUUCAGUCUUUCUGUCAUAGUUCGGACAAAUUCACACUUCACACGACCGCAAAAAAAAAAGGAUUUUGGAUCAUACAUUUAACCAAAAAUUAAUUAUUACACAUCUCCUAAAAAGAGCAAAAUGAGGAGAAUCAAAGGUUUUUCACAGCAAAAACCGAAAACAAAAAGACAAAACAUAAAAAAAAAAAUUAGGUAAGAGAUUAGAAAAAAAAAACAACUUGAGAGAGUGAUUGAAAAAAAAGGCAUUUUACAAAAAUUGCAAGUUUCUUCUUUUUUGUUGUAGUUUUAGAUAUUUUUCUAUGCGCUUCUCUUGUUUUCAUUUGGCUAUAUGUCUCCAUCCCUGUCAUGAAUAUUUUUUUGUUACUCUAUGGUAAUAUUUUCUUUUCUUUAUUCUAGUAAAUACUCAUGUUUCUUAUUUUUCUGAUUACAAACUAUUUCAUAUUUAUUUCUUAAAUAUAUACUUCAUCUGUUUUAAUAUAAGUAGCAUUUAAGGUUUAAUUUUCUCAUGAGUUAAGAAAUACAAAUUCUUAUAUAAUUUAUUUUGGUUACAUAAAAAUAUUAUUAAAUGAAAUUAGUUUGAAAAAUUGCUUAAUCUAUCAUUUUUAGUACCAUUUUUCAUGUUUACGUUAACCACAUUUAACCUUAGUUUUUAAAAGGUAAAUAGAUAUUUAUACCAAUCUAGACUUAUAGUUUUAGAUUUGAGACGGAUUUUUUGGAGGGUGGGGCUAAGAUUAAAAAAACAAAUAAAUAAAUACUAAAAAUUGAAAAAUAUAUAUUUUUUUAAAUAGUUUCAAAGAUAAUGCGUAUCUAAAAAAGAAUAUUUAAAAAAAAAAAAAAUUUAUAAAAAGUUUGAAUUUGAAAACAUAUAAUUCGAUAAUUGUAAAAUAAUUUUUAUUAUUUGUUUAUUUAAUUAUCUAUAUUUAUAUAUUUAAAAAGCAAAUGUAUAAAGGUCUUUUGCUUUUUUAGUGAAGGAAAUAUGUGUGAAAAUGUAUCCUUAAUGAAAAUAAACAUGAAUAGUGGUAAAAUCAAUGUGGUAAAUUUGAAAUUCUUCCAAUUAGUUUAACCAAUAAAAAAAAUACAUGACUUUUGUAAUUAGUCACAAAGCUCAAAUGAUAUUUAAUUAUAUCUAAAAUAGUGAGAAUAUCAAUUAUUUUGCAACAAAUUUUUUUCUAUAAACAUCAUUUAAAAUGACACCGUGAGAGUAUUAAAAAGCUUAUAUUAAAAAAUUUACUUUAGCCCCCUAUAUACUUAAGCAUGGCACUGGUCUGUAAGACUACAGUACCGAUGAAGAAGAAAUGAUUAGAAGUUUAAGUUUUUUUUUGUCAAAGAAAAAAAAACCUAAACUUUAAUUAGGAGUUUAAGUUACACGUGUUUCUUUAACUAUAAUUUUGAUUUGUUAAUUUAUCUUUAAUCAAUAUUGAAGACAAAUUGAAAAAUAAUAUAUUGAAGAUUUGAAGACAUGAAACCAGAAAUAUGAAUUUUUAUAUUUUUAUCACUGUGACUAAAUCAUAAUGAUGCUUUUAUGAAAAUAACAGGGAGAUAAAUUAAGUUUGUUUACCUAAAAUAUUUACUGUCACAUAAAUAGAAAAAACUAUCAUACAUUUUUUUCUUAAACAUAUUUUAUUUCAUAUAUAUAGCAUACUUAAAAAAUCUCAAAUUUCUGUUUGUAUCUUAAAAACAUAUUGUAAUAUAUAUUAUUUAAAUAUUUAAUAUUAAAAUCAUGUUUAUUUAAAAUAAUCUUUAUAUAUUAAACCUUUUCAGACAUACUCUUUUCUGAACAUUUUUAAUAAAAUCGCUUGUGCGCUUCCAAAUGUUUCCAUCUCUUUUACAUGUAUUCUGUUCCUUAUGGAGAAGAUGUAUGGCAUUUGCGGUUUAUGAUUUCUUAAAGGCAUCAUUCCAUCUUUUAAUUAGAUCUUAAAUAUUGUCUUACAAAACAGAUCAUCUUUUAAAAAAAACAUACUUUUGGUUUAAAAUAGUUCAUUUUGCAGAAAGACCAAUCGACUUUUUAAGUCGUUAAUAAACGUAAAAAGCACCAUAAGAAGCUUUUAAUCAAAACGAACCUGCCUUCUUUUUCACUUUAUCAUAAUACCGUAACAGGUAAUCUAGACUUUAACCAAUAAAAAGAAAAAGGAGUCAAAUUCUUCGGUUACAAUGUCAACACUUGUACAACUAUGAGCAUGCUAGUUCGUAACUGACACUCAAAAACUGGCGACAAAUGGCCAUCAAACCUACGCUUGUAUCCAUUUCCUUAUUUUGUUCCCAUGCAGCAUACACCAAUACAAUUAUAUUUAUGAACACGAGAACAAACAUUGAUAGAUAACCCAAGAAAAAAAAGUAUGAAGAUGUCUCCAAAAUCUGACUCAGACAUGACAAGCUUCGACCUAUCAUCAUCACCGAAGCGUCCCACUUACUUCGUCCAAAGCCCAUCACGUGACUCCGACAAGUCUUCCUCCGCGGCACUGACUCACCAAACCACUCCGACAGAGUCUCCGUCACACCCAUCCUUUGCUAGCCGCAUCUCCGGUGGCGGCGGAGGAGGAUUCCGGUGGAAGGGACGGAGGAAAUAUCACGGCGGAAGAUGGCCGCCGGGUGAUAAGGAGGAGGAAAGUGGUGAUGGACGGUACGAGGAUCUUUAUGGAGACCACAGAGGAAUCUCAAUCGCUACUUGUAGACUUAUUUUGGGAGUUGUAGCGACAUUGACUCUCUUUUUUCUUAUAUGUUCUGUUCUCUUUGCGGCUUCUCAAUCAUUCACCCCGAUCGUCUACGUCAAGGGUGUGAAUGUGCAUAACUUUUACUACUGGGAAGGUUUAGACAACACAGGAGUUCCUACAAAGAUCAUGAACAUCAAAUGUUCAAUGCAGAUCACAACACACAAUCCUUCUACAUUCUUGGGUAUUCACGUCAGCUCCUCUCCUAUAAAACUCAUCUACUCUCGUCGAUUCACAUUUGCCACUGCUCAACUAAAUAGUUAUUACCAACCAAAACAAAGCAACCACACGUCUAGGAUCGACCUCGUUGGCUCCAUGGUUCCACUCUACGGUGCAGGAGCGGACAUAGCUGCUUCAGGCAACAAUGGCGGAGUUCCCGUGAAGCUGGAGUUCGAGAUCCGAUCACGUGCUAAUAUUGUCGGAAGCUUGGUCAAGUCUAGGCAUAGGAAACAUCUCUCUUGCUUCUUCCUCAUCUCCUCCAACACCAAAUUUGUUAAAUUCACCCACAAGACUUGUAGUUAAACAGAAGUUUUAGUUAAACAGAAGUUUCUUCAGUUUAAUUUUCUUAUUCAUUGUAAUGUAAUAAUAACUCGUUUUUUUUUAUUAUUUCUGAAAAAAAUAAACAAAUCGUAAACUAAGUUUGUCAAAACGGAAUGUUCCAAGUCACGUUAUGUUCGGAUCUAUUUAAUAAAUAU